CUUGCCGGUGGGUCUAACGAUGCUGAAGGCAGAGUAGAGGUACUACAUGACGGAUCCUGGGGUACUAUCUGCGAUAAUUAUUGGGAUUUUAGUGACGCUGCGGUGGUUUGCAGGAUGCUUGGGUUUGAUGGAGCCUUGGAAGCACCGAGAUCUGCAAGGUUUGGUCAAGGAUCUGGUCGCGUUCUGUUAAUGCAUGUCAACUGUGAAGGAACUGAAAACAACCUAGCAGACUGUGCACAUGCUGGCAUCGCACGUUACCCAUGUAUGCAUUCGAGGGAUGCAGGAGCCGUGUGUCACUCAGGAGAACCAUUCAGCAUUCACCUAAUCAAUGGCGCCAACGAUUUUGAAGGCAGAGUGAAGAUAUUGUACGAAGGAGGCAUGGGAACUAUAUGUGAUGAUGACUGGGAUAUUCGAGACGCAAGAGUGGUUUGUAAUAUGCUUGGAUUCGACGGGGCAUUAGCCGCACCAGGUAGUGCAACCUUUGGGACCGGAAGUGGCGAAAUCUUACUUGAUGACGUUGAUUGCAAAGGGACAGAGAAUUCUCUUGCUGACUGCUUACAUCGAGGACUCGGAGUCAACAAUUGCAACCAUGACAGUGAUGCUGGUGUUGUCUGCUUUACAAGAGAUCAGUCAUCUCCCUUCCAAUUAAGGCUGACCGGUGGAGGAAGUAAUGUCGAAGGCACAGUAAACGUUAUGCAUAAUGGAUCCUGGGGAACUGUAUGCGACUUAAAUUGGGAUCUGCGUGACGCCCGGGUGGUUUGUAGGAUGCUUGGGUUUGAUGGAGCCUUGGAGGCACCGAUUGCUGCUCGGUUUGGUCGGGGAUCUGGCAGAGUUCUUCUUAACUGGGUAGAAUGCGAUGGAUCAGAAGACAAUCUUGCAGACUGCAUACACCCAGGAGUUGGAGAUUAUACUUACUGUGGUCAUAAUAAAGAUGCAGGAGUCAUGUGCUUCAUUGAAGUUCGACUUGCAGAUGGAGCCAGUGAAAAUGAAGGAAGGGUAGAGAUUCUGCACGAAGGAUCUUGGGGAACUGUAUGCGAUGAUUUAUGGGAUCUGGAUGAUGCUACCGUGGUAUGCAGACACCUAGGAUUUGAGGGAGCUCUGGCUGCUUUACCCCAGGCUCACUUUGGUGUGGGUUCUGGUGAAUUCUUUUUGGAUGGUGUUCAGUGCAAUGGAUCAGAAGCCAACCUCAAGGACUGUAAUCACAGCGGAAUAGGUGUACAUGAUUGUGCACAUAAAGAGGAUGCCAGCGUCAUAUGCAGAAAUACAGGCUUUACGACUUACUCAGACGAUAGUACAUCUGAUGAAAUGCAUUCAACAAACACAUUAUACUUGAAGUCUUCAACGUCUAUUGGAUACGAAACUACAGAUACUACUGGAAAUAAGAGCACCGAUUACAGCACACCUCGCCGCCCGUUACACAUUAAUAUUGGUCAAAAUUUGGAAACAAAUUCAGGUGCAGCCAUCGAACUUAGUCUUCACAUGAUAAUAGUCACCGGCAUUUGCACGCUAUUCCUUAGUAUAUUUUUGAUCUUAUCAAUCGUGUACUGUGUUUACAGAUUUAAUAAGAGAAUGGCUGCUAGGAAUUCAGACGAUAUUUAUAUGGAUGUCACAAAUCUCUCAUCACUUAAUGCCCUAUCUACCAGUUCGACUAAUCAAGACUUACACGCCCCACCUCAGUUACCCGAUAGACAAAAGACUGAUGUGAUUCGACAUGAGUAUGAAUCACAAAUAACCAUGGAUCUGGUUGGUAAUGCUGACAACUUAGAAACAAUUCAAAAUAUUCAUGAAUACACGGACAUGAAAACCAUUCGUCAAACACACCAACGAAACGAGUACAAAGACUUUGAUGGCUAUUGCAGGCCAGACACAGAUAUGCCUUCGAGAGAUGUAAAAUCAAUUGAGAAUUGCAGUAAAACUGAAAUGCUGAAACUGUCUGAUGACAAUGUUGGAAUCGAAUUUUCACCCAAGGGAAAAAACGAAAACUUGGCACAUGAUUAUAUGGAUAUGAAAACGAUUUACCAAAAACCGAAAUCCGGAGAGGAUCUCGAUCUCAAUGGCUACCUCCUCCCAGACGCAACAAAUUCACCGUUCACCGAAUCAUGGCAAUGCUGUAGAAUAUGA